UGGAGGAGGGGGCUCGCGGCGAGGGGAGGGGGCACGGUGCGAGCGCAACACGAUGCUAUAAGGGCGGGUACGCAGCCAAGUCUCCGCAGUGAGCGCCGCGACGCCUUCGGAGACGUAUCGUAUAUCGAAACGGUGGAACGGUGAUCGCCGGUGAACACGAGGCGUUCAUAUUAUCCCUCGAGGACGAUUGUGCUGUGUUUUUGUGAUUGAUCGACUAUACGGAUUGGAGAACAGAUUGGAGAAACGGGAACGAGAAGAUUACUUUGCAAGAGGAGGCGAGUGGCAAGCCGGGACGAGGCUUUUGGCAGCUGGGCAAUGUUCACGCCAGUUGUGCGGAGAUACAGGUGAGACCGUGGUGAAACGACACACGUGCUCCAGGGAUGCGAGAAAUCGCCGCCCCAUUAGAGUUCCAUCCCGUGAGGCGAGCGUUGCCGAGCGGAGCGUGAAACGAAGCGUAUCCACCUUCCUUAGCGGAAAACCGUGAGAGGAUGCGAUUCACGGGAAAGCUCGAGGGAUAAUAAAAUAUCGGAAUCCUUUCUUAAACCACUUUCUUAAACCCGGCCGCCAUGAAGGAGGGAAGAGUGAAAUUCUAUCGAGGAAUCGUCGAAUAAAUAUGAGGAAGGUGAAGAUUCUCACGAACCCCUCUCAUCGUCGAGAAAAAGAGCACGGUGUUGGACAGGCUCGAAGUACCUUUCGUUACCGCGUCCCGCGACCGUCUCCUCGAUCGUCUUAAUCCCGGUUGCUCGAUCAAUGCACGCUAAGUUGAAACCAAGGGAAGGGUGUGUUAAGCCGUUGGAAUUGGUCGUCGAGGGCGUCGGUGUAACGAUAACCGAUCGAACGAGAUAGUAUCGUGCCUCUUUUGCGCCCCGGCCGAACGUUUCAAACCGUGAGAAUAACCAUUUCGAGUCGAUCGGGAUCGAGAGAACGAGGUGAAUUUUCUUGGAAAGUGCGUCUUAGAGAGUGCGUGUAUGUGUGCGUAGUAGUGGUGCAAAAAGACAAAAGCGACACGAUUUUCAUCGCUUUCGUUUGGAUUAUCUCAUCUUUCGGUCGUAUCUUGACCGAUUUCCAUCCCCCUUCUCAUGCCGUUCCUUCCAUCGUAAAGAUAUAACUUAUGGGGGACGACGGAGGGAUGAAGAGUGAGAGGGAAGCGGACCGCGAUAUCUGCGCACCAUUGGACGAUAUAAUCUCGUAAAACCCGCACACAAGUGUCCAUCUACGUGAGCCGUACGUAAAGCCGUGGACGAGGACCACCGGUUUCUAACGCCCGCCAGGAAUUGGUACGCCGGCCAACUUUCGACGCUUCGUUCCAACUGUAUUCCACGUGACAGACGAGAGUGGCCGUUUCUUCGAGGAACGAUCCCUCGAAGAAUAUACUCGGUCACGGACGGUGUUGAACCGUUGGGGUGAUCUCGUAAACCUAUCCUAAACCCUCACCGUCGAGACUAUAUUUUUGGAUGGAUCUUAUAAUAUAUACGAAGUGACACCGUUCUCUGUGAUGCCUCGCUUCGCGAACGCUUCUGGCUGUUUCGAGCAAUUUUAUCGUAUUUAUACGUAAAAAAAAAAAGAAAAGAAAAGAAGAAGAAGAAAAACGAAUUAGAGGUAUAUAAUAUUUUAUGAUAACUAGAUUUAAAAAAAGAUAGAUUCAAUUUUGUUUUUAAUUUUGUAAAGGAACGAGAGUUUGUAGAAAUUUUUACAACCGUACGUGACUCUUUUAAUAUAUAUAUAUAUAUAUAUUCGUCGUAUCAAAUAGAAAGAUUAUACAUUUUGGUGAUUGGUAAUGCGCGAGUGUCACGUUCGUUCUUCGCCACGCGUUGGAAUCUGAAUCACGAAGGAUGGAUCAAGUGCACGUGAAAUCGUCGAGAUCGACGUCGAGGAGCAACCCGGCGAAAAUGGCGUGCGAGAAGGCGAGCAAGAGGCUCAGGACGAUUCUGGUGAAGGCGUCGCGCCUCGGCGUCUCGACGACGGAAGUUGCCAAGUUGCCAAGCGCCAAGAAGCUCAUUCCGCAGAGAGAUCACGGAUGGAAGUUGGCGGUGUUCCUCCUGGUCAUGUUCGGCGGCGGAGUGAUCGUCGCCUUGGCCUGCACGGCGAGGAAAGGCUGCUCGAAGCUGGAGGAGAUCUACGAACAAAACGAGAAGUUCACGACCCUGUAGCCUAUAUUACAUCGAUUCGGCGAGAGACCAUCGAACUUACUUUGAAACUUGAAAUUGCAUAUUAUUGGAUUCUAUGGACGUCCACGAUAUUUCACCAGAAAUACAAUGACCGCGACCAAAUUUCACCUUACGCAGCGUAUAAUUGCCAUUAAGAUUUUAUUAUCAUUCAUUUAAUACACAUGUAUUUCAUUCAUGUACAUUUUAUAAAUAAAAUAUAUAUAUAUUUAUAGAU